AUGGAUCCUGCUAAUUUGGUGCCAGACAAUAAGGACUGGCUUUUGUUUAUUAAAAACCCAUUUACUGUUCUGGGGCAGAGGUACUGAACCAUCAGGUGCCUUAAAUACUACUCUAAGAAACCAAAUAUAGCAUGGACUAAUAAAGAUUUGUGAGUAACAAUGUGCCUCUAUUAAAUAAACAAGUGGAUCACUAAUUGGAAUACUAAAGUUGAUUCAGAAAGUAAUAGGGGCAAAUUUCCAAAGGAUCUUAGAGAUAUGACAGCAUUUAUAAGCAGGGUAUUGGGUUUAAACAGCUUCUCUGCAGAGGCAGCCAUAGUCAACUACCACCACAUGGACUCGACUCUUUCAGGACAUACAGACCAUUCAGAGAGAAACCUUCAAGCCCCUCUGUUCUCAUUUAGUUUUGGACAAACGCUGUUAGGAGGAAAAACUAUUGAUAAUAUUGCUAUUCCUAUGUUCCUAUGCAGUGGGGACAUAAUAAUAAUGGGCAAAGAGCCCAGACUUUGCUAUCAUGGAGUGCCAAAGAUACUACAAAUGGAUUCAAGGAUGUGGGGCAAUUUGAAUAUUGAUAAUGAGAAAAAUAUACCUAAAGAUUACAGGGAUGUCCUCAGGAUAUCCAAAGAUGAGGCACUAUGGAAACCUUUUGGGGAUUAUUUGACUCAUUCGAGGAUUAACAUUAAUGUCCGGCAAGUAUUGUACGAUGGAGAGAAGCAGCUAACAUAAGACUGAGAAGAUAUUUAUUUACAGUGGAGCCAUUACUGACCAAUAUUGUGUGGUUGUAAUCAAUUACAUUAUGCAUUUUUUUGCAUAUUUAUGUUCAUUACUGUGUCUUCAUUAUUAAAAGUAUAUGUAGCAAUAUAAUAUAGUCUGAAAUGUAUUUGUUUAUAUUAAACAAUGUUUGUUAAAUAAUGUUAUGUUAUUUAAACCUUGAUGAGGUCAGUUAGUGCUUGCAUGUAAGUGAAAUUCUUUAUUAAU